AUGUCGGCCGUCGGAGUCGGCGUGGCCUCGGCGCGACGCGCGGCGAAGAUCUCCGAUCUUCUCCCCGUCGUGCAGGCCAUGCGGCUCCGCGACAUCCUCACGGGCAACACGCAGCACGUCACCGAGCUCCUCCGCGACCCCUUCGUCGUCGCGAACAUGCUCGCGGCGCUGAACAUGGCGUCGGACCGCGAGCCCGUCGUCGAGUCGGCGCCCGACAGCGGCGACACGGCGCGCGCGCCGCGCGGCCGGCCGCCGAAGCGGCGGCUCGAGACGGAGAACCCGGCCAUGGAGCUGAUGCAGGAGCAGGUGGCCCGGGCGGAGGCCAAGACCGCGGCCCUCGAGAAGGAGAAGGCGGCCCUCGCGGAGGAGCUGCGGGAUGCCGAGGCGACGGCGGCGGCCAAGGCCGACGGGAUUUCGUCGGUCACGCUCGACGCGGCGUUGAAGGCCAUCCGCGACGCGCUGGACCGCGCCAAGCUCCAGUCCGAGCAGGCGUCGCGCAACAUCGACUUAAUCGUCGGCGUCGACGGCAGCGACCUCUCGAUGGCCGAGCUGGGCGUGCUGAGCAAGUCGUGGUUCGCGAUCGCGUGGCCGCUCCAGACGCUGCCGCUGGAGAAGACGCUCCGCGAGCUCGGCGUGCAAAUCAAAUCUUCAACCCGACUUCAAUGCGAGCUCGGCGUGCGCUCGAAGCCCUUCGUCGAGGUCCGCGCGGCCGACUUCGACAUCGACGCCCACUCCCAGCCCUGGCUCGCCAAGGAGCUCGGGGUGCUGAGCGUCGACGGCGGCUACGGCCGCGACCUCCUGAAGCGCACGCUCUACAAGCUCGUCUGGCGCCACGACCCGGGCGCGUUCCCGCCGGCGGUCUUCAAGAAGCCGCGGUGGACCGACGCCUUCAAGUACCGGCCGGAGGGCCCGCUCCAGCUCGAGGACGACUGGAAGAAGGACGACGUCAAGUCCCUCGAGGUCCAGCUCAAGAACACGCAGAAGGUGCCCGAGGUCGCCGAGGCGCGCCUCCAGGCGCUCGACUGGUUCGGCAUCGGCUGCGGCGACCCGGGCAAGGACUGGGUGAUCUACGUCGGCGACUACGUCCUCUACCGCAACGGCCUCAACGCCGCGGGCAUGACGGUCGCCGAAUUAUCGCGGCUCCUGGACAAGCGCGUCGUGCGGACGACGGCGCAGCUCGUCGCGCUCGAGGCCGCGGAGACGGCGGCGGCGACGCCGCUGGCCGGGCCGACGGGCGACGCCGCGGCGGCGUCGACGACGGUCUCGGCGCAGCCGCCGGCGGCGACGCCGUCGACGGCGGUCCCGGCGACGUCGACGGCCGCGACCGUCGCGGCGACGUCGACGGCCGUCGAGGACGGGCCCUCGCCGCGGGAGUCGCUCGACGCCUUCUUGGCGAUCAACCCGAGCUCCAAGCAGGUCCAAGAGGCCUGCAUGGCCUGGGGCUUCGGGAUGAACGAGGACGUCACGCAGUACAAGCGCGCGGCGAAGCUCGAUCACGGCACGGGCAUGACGAUCUGCCGCCUCGCGAGGCUCAACGGCAUCAACCUCCUCAAGUACCUCGUCGAGAACAUCGACGAGCCCUGCUUCGCGAGCCGCGACUACUCGCCCCUCGUCGUCCCGCCGGACAUCGCCGCCACGGCGGAGAGCUUGGAGCCCGCGCGCAAGAACCGGCCGACGGCGUCGUACCGGCCGACGACGCCGUCGUUCGGGCUCGAGCCGCCCGUGGACCCGCAGGCCGCGCAGUCCGGGCGGCUGCCGCGCGCCUGCACGCUGCGCGAUGCGUCGGCGCGCGGCGGCGACGGCGGCGACGCUCUGGACCGCUUCGAAGAGGCCGGCGACGACGACGACGAGGCGUGCUACGUCUGCGGGGACCCGCUCGGCAUCGCCGAGCCGAGCAUCUUCUGCGUCGGCUGCGGCCAAAAGGCCCACGUGAGCUGCGUCGACCACCGGUCGCGGGGCGACCACCUCUGCGACGAGUGCGCGGAGACGCCGCGGCGGGCGCCGCCGCGGCGGGCGCCGCCGCGGCCGACGUCGACCCUGCUCAGCAUGCGCGUCAUCCGCAAGUUCAUCGAGGACGACGUCCCCCUCUCCUUCCUCCUCCAAAAUCCCAAGGGCGGCAAGAGCCGCGACCGCUACGAGGCCUACAAGGUCGCGACGUCGGGCGCGGACUUCCAGAGGCGCGGCGGCUCCGCGGAAGACCUCCGCAACGACCUCGUGCGAGGCUACGUCACCCUCGGCGGCGAGGCCGCGAAGGAUCCGCCCGAGCUGACGCCGCGGCCGACGACGGCGUCCGACGGGGCGUUCCAGUCCUGCCUCCGCGCGAUCAAGGCCCAGGGGCUGCAGCCGGGCACAUCGUCGGCGCCCGACGACUGGGACCCGCUGCAGGGCCUCGAGGACGUCCUCGGCGACGCGACCUGCGGGCUGCCGCUCCGCGCGUCGUACCGGGCGGAAGCCGCCGCGAUCCGCGCCGCGGCGACGCCCGCGCAGCGGCGCGCGUUCGCCGGGCGGUGGCUCCACAUCGUCGACGACCGGGCCAAGGUCUUAGGCGAGCGCUCCGGACCGCGGGCGUGCGGCGCGCUCGUGAGCUUCCGGGCCCACGUCCUCGAGGGCCUCGGCGACGCGAAUUUGGACGCCGCGGGCCGCGCGGACGUCGACGCGUACGCGCGCCUCAUCCAGAGCCACAUCGACGAGAACCAGGCCAAGGCGCGACGGCUCGACGACCUCGCGACGCGCAUCGCCGCGGCGCGCCUCAGGGCCGACGACGGCGGAGGCGCGACGGCCGCGGACCGGCGCGGCGACGACGGCGGCGACGACGACGUCGGCCGCGCGGACGGCCGCGGCGACGGCGACGGCGGCUUCGACGCCGCCUACCCCGAGCUCCUUCGGAUCCACAAUCUGCCGGGGCUCUGGCACCUCCUGGAGGCCGGCGGAAUCAAG